AUAAAUUCUCACUAGAGUAAACUAAACCCUAGCUAGCCAUUUAUCGCUUGAGCGCCUCCCCUUCUGCAGAUCAAGGCUAAUCGAUCAACAAUGACGUUCAAGAGAAGGAACGGAGGUCGUAACAAGCAUGGCCGCGGCCAUGUGAAGUUCAUCCGCUGCUCCAACUGCGGAAAAUGCUGCCCCAAGGACAAGGCAAUCAAGAGGUUUCUGGUGAGGAACAUAGUCGAGCAAGCAGCCGUGAGGGAUAUCCAGGAUGCUUGUGCUUUCGAUACGUACACUCUUCCCAAGCUGUAUGUUAAGGUACAGCACUGUGUCUCAUGUGCUAUUCACUCUAAAGUUGUGAGGGUCCGCUCUCGCACGGAUAGGAGGAACCGUGAGCCUCCAAAGCGCUUUUUCCGCCCAAGGGAUGACCAGCCCAAGCCAGCCCAAGCCCCGCGUGUCGGUGGAGCACCUGCAGGCCCUCGGGGCACAACUAAGUUUAACACUGCCAUAAGAUCGAGUAAUCACAUCUGUGCAAGGCAUAUUCCGCUCUAAAGGGACGUUUCUAAAAUCUAAAGUGAGUAAAGUUAUGAAAAGGCUCACAAUCACUCACUUUUUUGUGCGUUUGGCAAUGUGUAAGAAGCCUUCCUGAAAAGUUGAGCACAAAAUCACAUUUGCCUUCAUGAAAAGUUGAGCACAAAAUCACAUUU